AUGGAUACUUUUGUAGAGGCAGUACGUGAUAUGACAUUGUAUGAACAAAAGCCUGUGUUCCAAGAGGCCAUCAACAAUUUGAAUAUACCAUCACAUUAUGCUGAGAGAAUAACAGAGGCAACAUUCCUGUUGUUGAGGUCAAAGGAUGCAAUGGAAAUGGAACUCAUUGAAUUUGGCCUUCAAACAUUGAAGCAGAUUGAGGCUCAGACCAAGGAUGAAUCAGAAUACAAUGUUGAGAUAUGUUACUGUCUUGGUGCUAUCCUUUGUGAAUAUUCCAAACUUAUUAAUAUAGAUUAUAGACGCAAGAAGGAUGACCUACUACAACUUGGAGGAGACUUCUUUUCAAAGGCUCUUGGAUAUCGUCCACUACACAUGCCUUCACUGGUGGGCAUGAAGAACAUGCAUUUGGCCCAGGCAGACAUUGCCGAGACAGAGACCCAGGUGGUCAACUUCACUGGCAGGGCCAAAGAGUACGAGAACUACAUCGAAGCCGUCAACAGGGGCGAGAAUGUCGGCAACUAUCCAGCAGCAAUUUAUACAAAGAUCAAGAAGGUGCUCAAUCACAAGGACACUGGCGCCAUCUUCUUCAAGGACAGGGCGUACGCCAAGGCAGUUAGCGAGUAUUACAGCGCCAAGUUGAACUUGCAUGGAGUGGAGUCUUCUCUCAAUGGUGUUCACUAUGAAGAGUUGAGGAGGUUAAAGUUCACAAUCCAAAAUAAUAUUGCUAUCUGCUUGAUGUUCCAGAACAAGAUAUCUCCAAAUGCCACGAGGAUAUUGGAUGAAGUGCUGACUGAGGAUUCAAACAAUGUCAAGUCAUUGUACUUGCGUGGAAAGUGCAACCUGGCGAUUGGUAGCUACAGAUCAGCCGAGCAGGACCUCAAGAGAGCGUUGUCCUUGGCACCCAACGAUCAGACCAUCAUGAAGGAGUUGGCCUAUCUGGAACAAGUUAAUGAUCGUGCAGGCGAGGCCAAAGGAUUCUCAAAGAAUCAGCAG